CAGUCGCCACCACGCCGCGCCCAUAUUCGGUACCGCCGCGCGCCAUACCGAUUUAGUCUGUGCGUCCACGUCCAUUGAUCGAAGGCUAAAGCCUAGGCCAAACAGCAUGAAUGAUUUUCUAAGAAAAACCAAAAAUGCAUCGCAAACACUAUCAUGUUUCAGCAAGGUACAUGUUGUUAUUGGAAAUGAAGCUUGUGAUUUGGACUCUACUGUCUGUGCGAUAUCUCAUGCAUACAAUUUAUCUCAGGAUGCUCAGUCAUCUGUUGAAGCCAUCAUACCUGUGCUCAACAUUCCAAGGGAAGAGCUUCCUUUAAGAACUGAAACAACUCACCUUCUCCCAAGAUGCAAUAUCCAGUUAACAGACUUGGUCUGCCGUGACGAGAUUGAUCUUAAAUCUAUUCCAAAUUUGACAAUAACUCUUGUUGAUCACAAUGUACCCACAGAGAAUGAUACCUGGUUAGAUCAGUAUGUUGUAGAAGUGAUUGAUCAUCAUGUGAACAGUCGUCAUGACGAUGAGGAUAGAGUAAUCAGCAUCACAAGGGAGCUGGUAGGGUCAUGUUCUACAUUGGUAGCCAAACAGAUCUUGGACAAACACCUAGAAAUUUUGGAUCAUCAACUAGUUAAAUUGCUCCUUGGUACCAUAAUGUUAGAUACGCUUAACAUGAGUGAAGCUGCAGGAAAAGCAACACCAACAGAUGAAGAUAUAGUCAAAAGACUAGGAAAUCUUAGCCCAAGGAUCAAUCUGCAAGAACUCUUUGAUGGGGCUCAAGCCGCUAAGUUUGAUAUAUCAGGUCUAACCACAGCGCAGAUACUGAGGAAAGAUUUCAAGUCUACAUCAAGUACAUCAUGCAAAGUAGGGUUCAGUUCAGUCACAUUACCUCUUCAAGAUGUCUUAGACAGGCAGGACUUGGAGACCAGUCUGAAGAACUUUUGUGAGCAUAGAUUUCUGGAUAUGAACAUUAUCAUGACAAUUGACCUUGAGGGCACCAGACAAUUAGCAAUCUACUCAGUGGAUCAAAGUCUUAGGGCAAUGAUGGAAGAAAGACUACAAGGGUCUGUACUGGAACUUCAAAGAAUAGACUCCAGUGUUUCAAAUUUAAGUGCCUUUGACCAACACAACAGGAAAGCAUCAAGAAAAGUUGUAUUACCACUUGUAGGAGAUAUUAUAAGAACGCUUGAUAACAAUAGUGAUCAUGACGAAGAUGUCGAACAUGGGGAAAAUGGACCUGAAGAGAAUGUGGAAGAACUUUCAAGCAAUGUGAAUAAUGCAAAUAAUAUGGCUGAAGAAGGAGAACAGAAUGGGAAGGUAAUGCCUGAUGACUGGGAAAGACCUGACCCAGAAAAACUGCAUGAUAUUGAUAGAGGGAACGAUAAGAUUGAAACAAAUGAUCACUUAAUGGGAAUAGAUCCUGGAAUGAGAUCAAGCUCAGCUGAUCCAUUUGGGGGAUCAGAAAACACAGAUCUCCUGGGAGGGAACCCAUUUAGUGUAACAACAGGGAGAAUAGAUGAGGGAGGGGAUGAUUCUUUUGACCCACUAUCUCCUAUAGGAAAUAACCAACAUGACCCCAAACAUAACAUUGAUAAUGUGAACGAUCCAUUUGGCUUAUCACUAGACCCAUUUUCUAGUGGAAUUACUCCUCGGCAAGUCUCACAUUCAAAUUCUUCCAAUCCCUUUGACUUGAACACUGAUCCAUUAUCAAACAGUGAUAAUCUAUUAAUUCCCACAUCAGAUCCAAUUCCUACCCCGGGCAACCCUUUCAGUAACGAUUCAGGUCCAUCUCCAAGCCUCCUUGAUCUAGAUCCUAUCACUCCAGAUAGUCCAGACCAUUCUAAAUCAGCAGAAUCUCCUCAAAGUCCAUAUGCCCAACCCACAGAAGAUCUCCUUGGUUCAUUUCUAGACCCCAUUUCAAUUUCAAAUGACCUUCCUUCCUUUGCAGACUAUCCAGUUUCAACAAUAGACAAAUCUUCUUCACAUUUGGAAUCAAGAGAGAGUGUGGGUGAUCUAAUGUCUGAUUCCUUUAAUGACCAAUUUGACCUGUCCAUGACAAAAUCUGAUCCAUCUAUCAGUUUCAGUGACUCUUUAGCACAGGUACCUGAUGGUUCAUUGAGUGCAGAUGAAAAUUCUAUUUCAAUUUCAGACCCUUGUCUAACCAUUACUGAGUCCCAAGACAUCCACGAAGAACAACAUGAAAUUGUUAACGUCAAAUCACCAGUUGAAGAUUCUGACCCCUUUUCUUUAUCUCAAACUAGUACACAGAAGUCAAUUGAUCAAGUUCAAAGAGAUGAUCCUUUUGGUAUGGAUCCAUUCAGUGUUGAAACACCUUCUGUCAGUCAUCAUCAAAUCGAGAAUGAAAGUGAAGCUAUAGAGAAUUAUAAAGGAGGGUUUGAUGAUGAUCGUGGUGUGGUUAGUAUUAGUGAAUCAGCAGCUAUUGAUCCCCCUGAUGCAAUAGCCAGCAUUCCUGCCGAAGUUCAUUCUGACGGUGAGUUAAUUUCACUGGAUAGUGCUCAAAGACAAACUUCACCAGAAGAAGGUGAACUUGUUGUGUCCAACUUGCCUGAGGAAGAGCCUGCCUUUAAAGAUUCAAUAGGUAUUGAAGAGCAGUCCAAUACUACUGAUCUUGCCUCUGUGGAGGGUAUUGAUGAAGGAAACUUUGGUUCUGAAGAUAUUCAAGAUACACCAUUACCUGUAGAAGAUUUUGUUUUAGCAGAGCUUGAUAUUGGCAGUGAAGUGAAUGUAGAGAUUUCAGAUCCAAAGGAAGACUUGCAUAAAGAAGUUCAAGAGAUUGUUGAUAUUGGGUCACCAGAUGAAGAUUCUGACCAAGUUCCAUCAUCUCAAUUGAGUGAACAGAAGCCUAGCGACCAAUUUAAAUUAGAUGACCCUUUUGGUAUGGACCCAUUCAAUAUUGAAAUGUAUGGCAGUCUUGAUCAAAUGAAGAUUGAAGGUAAAGCUACAGAGAAUUCUAGAGGGUUUGAUGAUGAUCGUGGUGUGGUUAGUAUUAGUGAAUCAGCAGCUAUUGAUCCCCCUAAUGCAAUAGCCAGCAUUCCUGCAGAAGUUCAUUCUGACGGUGAGUUAAUUUCACUGGAUAGUGCUCAAAGAAAAACUUCACCAGAAGAAGGUGAACUUGAUGUGUCCAACUUGCCUGAGGAAGAGCCUGCCUUUAAAGAUUCAAUAGGUAUUGAAGAGCAGUCCAAUACUACUGAUCUUGCCUCUGUGGAGGGUAUUGAUGAAGGAAACUUUGGUUCUGAAGAUAUUCAAGAUACACCUUUACCUGUAGAAGAUUUUGUUUUAACAGAGCUUGAUAUGGGCAGUGAAGUGAAUGUAGAGAUUUCAGAUCCAAAGGAAGACUUGCAUAAAGAAGUUCAAGAGAUUGUUGAUAUUGGGUCACCAGAUGAAGAUUCUGACCAAGUUCCAUCAUCUCAAUUGAGUGAACAGAAACCUAGCGACCAAUUUAAAUUAGAUGACCCUUUUGGUAUGGACCCAUUCAAUAUUGAAACGUAUGGCAGUCUUGAUCAAAUGAAGAUUGAAGGUAAAGCUACAGAGAAUUCUAGAGGGUUUGAUGAUGAUUUUGAUGUGGUUACUAUGAGUGAUUCAGCAGGUAUUGACCCCCCUGAGGCAAUAGCCAGUACUCCUGCAGAAGUCAAUUCUGAUGAUGAGUUAAGUUCACUGGAUCGUGCUCAAAGACAAACUUCACCAGAAGAGGUUGAACUUGACACGUCCAAGUUGCCUGAGGAAGAGCCUGUCACUGAAGAUGCAAUAGGUAUUGAAGAGCAGUCCAAUACUUCUGACCAUGUCUCUAUGGAGGGUACUGUUGAAGGUAAUAUUGGUUCUGAAGAUAUACAUAGUGUUUCAAUUCCUGUAGAUGAGUCAAUUCUACAAAAACUUGAUACAGAUGAUACAGCAGAUAAUUCAGAUUCGAACAAAGCAAAUCCAUUUGGUGGUGGUUCUCUUGAGAACUCAGCAGACAUUCAGAGUGGCCUAGAUCCAUUUGGUAUGAAAGAGUUUAUUGGUGAAGUACAAGUAGAUCAAGAACCCACCAGUAUAGUGGAUGAUACUCGAUAUCCUGCAGUGAAUGAAACCAAAAAUCAACUGAAUAUCGAUCCAUUUGGGAUGAGUCCUUUUGAGAAAAAUCAGAGUUUUCCUCCAUCUGAUUCGCCUGUACUUCAUGAAGUUGAUCCUUUACACAUAUCACUGAAUGAUCAAAUCCAUUCAAAUGAACAAGAAGUGGAUGCUGAUUCUUUCAUUGAUGAAUUACAAGGGGCUUUGCAGGAGGAAGAGGAGGAAGCUGUAUCUCUCCCUAAGACCCCAAGAAAUUCUUUUAGUGAAUCAAGUGUGGCUGAGGAAGAAGAUAGGAGCUUCAGCCAAGAACUGAAUGAAAGAGAGUUGUCUGCAAGAUUUUCCAAUCUGGAAGAAAUACAGGGUGAAGCUGAUGUAGACUAUGAAGAUGAUUUUGAAGAAGAUGAUGAUGUGUUCCCUACUGAAAAUCAAUUACCUGAACAAUUGGAUGGAAGCAGUGGUAGCAAAGAAGGUACUCCAUGUGAAGAUAAUGCUGAAACUAAGUUUAAAGAUAUUGGUGUUGGAGAAAGAGAAAUCAUUGCAGAAGAAUUGGUUGAAGGUCAUGAAGUAUCAAAUGUUUUUGCUUUUCAUGAUGAAAGUGAUAUCAGAUCAGAAGGCAAGAGUGAAAGUAGGGAAAGGGAUAUGGAUGUGAGUAACACUUCUUUAUUCAACAGGGAAGCUGUUAACUACAUUAGGGAUAUUCUCAAUAGCAAUUUGGUGGAUAAUGCAGUUGACAUCAAUAUAAACAAUUCUGGUAAUAGGGUAUGUUCUGAUGAUGAACAUGAUGUUCAACAUUCUCCUGAAUAUAAUUCUUCAAAAAUUGUUUACACACCUUCAAUCUUUGAACCAAAUUCUGACCCUCUUGUCAUCAUACAAGCAAAUGAAACAAAACGUCUGCUUGAGAAGAAGAAUGACAAUCAAAAUCAUGUUGCUGAGAAGAUCUUUGGUGCAGGCAUUAGUCUUUCAGAGUCUGCUUCCAAACUAGAUACCCCACCCAUUCACAGGGAUGAGCAGUCUAAUGAUUUAAAGGACAAUGUUGAUGUGGCAGUUGCUUCAGAUCGUGAGCUUGAAGGUCGUGACAUUGUAAUUGAAGAAAGUAGUCUCCCUGAAGUUAGUGUUGUUCAUAGGGCUUCAUCUGUCAUGCAGAUUGAAAAUGUGGGAAGCGCACAAGGAAUCGACAAUGAUGGUGUAGAGGACAGCGAAGGAAAUGUGAAUUAUGUUGCUGAUAUGCUUGCCAAGAAUAUGGUUGAAAAUUGUGUAGAUAUUGACACAUACCAACCCAGAGAUGAUGUGGUUGAUAACAGAGAGGACAAUAAUGUCUACAGUCAUGCAAUAUCUGACUGCAGGCCUAAAAUCAUGGAAACAAACACUGAUCCAUUGGUUUAUAUCCAAGCUAAAGAAACUGAAUACAUGUUUGACAGGAUAAGAACAAAUGAAGAUAACCAUGUUGCCAAAAUACUCGCUGAUGACAUGCUCAGUGAAGCCAAAGGGACGACCCAUGCUGAUGAAUCUGUUUCAGAGUCUUUAAAUGGUAUGAUUAACGACAUGAAUGACAGAGCAAACUCUGUGACGGGUGAUCGUCUAGAUCAGUCCUCAUAUCCCCAGAAUGAACAUGGCAGCAUGAAUCUAGCCAAAAAUAAAGUAGAAAUGAACAGUGUUGUUGAUAUAAUCACUAAUGAAAUGAUUAAAGAACCAGAUGAAAAUAUUCUUGGCCUUGAUACUGAGGAAAGUUCAGGAGCUCUUGGGAACAAUUAUGUUAGCAAAAUACCAGAUAUUGUACCAAAUGAUGGAGACAAAUUUCAAGCUCCAGUUUCCGAUGAGCUUAAUCUGUCAAGCUCUCAAUAUGAUGAUGAAACGGUUUAUCAUGAUGGUUUAGAAAAGAGAGAUGUGAUAUUUGAAGAUAGAGAUGAUCAAGCUGUUAUUACAGAAGAUGUUGCAGUUUUAUUACGAGAAGAUGAAUUCUCAAGAGAUGUCGAAGAUCUGGUUGAUAUUAUUGAAGAUGAAGAAAGUGGGUUUAAAGAAGGAGACAAUGAUGACAAUGUUGGUGAAGUGCUUGCUGAAGAUAUUACAUUUGAAGAAGGUGAAAGUAUGAUGAGUACUCCAGAUCUUCUGAUGUCCACAAAGUCUGAUAUGAGAGAUGAUUUCUUUCAAAACAUAGGCAGUGCAGAGCAUUCUUCUCCACAAGGCAGUGAUGAUGAGGAAAAUGAGGUUGCUAAGGGAACUUUUGGGAGUCAGCUAUCCUCAGAAAGUGAUGAUGAAGAAUCUCGAGAUCAGACCUCGGUCGAUGAAGAUGGAAUUAUUGAUGUUGAGAAUGAUUGGUCUCCAAAUGACAUCAAGGUUGAACUGUCCACUGAAGAGUAUACUGUCAAUGACACAUUAACAAUCAACAAACCAUGUACAACAACAGGAACACCUUUGUCACCUCUACUGGAGGAGACAGAGAUACCUGAAGAGGUGUCAAAAACAACUAUUCAACGUGUAUACGAAGAUUCAACAGAACAGCUAUCAGGGCAGGAUGAUAAAAACCAAUAUAGCCAUGAAAGCUACAGUGAAGAUGAGGACUGGGAAGAAGAAGAAUUUCCAGGCCCUGAUGAGCAUGCUGCUGUUUCACCUACUGUAAUUUCUGGUGAUCUUGGGGCUGUUGAGUCUGUUGGUAAUAAUGGUUCUGGUGUUACUCUGUUGGUUUCAGAUAAAGAAAAUGGGUCAGAUGCAGGUCAUGAUGAUGAUAUCAUGGAUGCGAUAGAGAAAAUAGAAGAAGAAAUUGCUCCAAGUGCUACAAAUAAAACAUAUGAUGUUAUAAAUGAUGACAUAGAUGAUGAAAUUGAGGAAGAUACAGAACCCAUAUCAAAUGAAGAUAACAUGGAUAUUGAAGUUGCCAAAGUUACAGAUCAGUCCAAUAAAAGCCCCCCUGAAGUCCAAAUCAAUGAAGAGGUUCAGCAUUUUGAUGGAGCCCCAUUAGCAAAGUAUUCAGAUAAUUCAGAGACACUCUCUGAUGCACAAUGUGAGGAAAAAGCCCUCUGGAAUGAAAUGAAAUAUUAUCCUGGGGUUACUGAUAUAAGUGAUCAAACUGCCCAGAAAACACAAUCUGAGAUUAACAUAUUAGAUGUUGAAAGUAGGGAAGAAGGGAACGAAAACCGUAAGGAAUUUGGAGAAGAUCAGGUUAUCAUUUCAGAAACAAUUUCAGAUGACAUUAUAUAUGAAAACAGAGGAUAUGCUGGUAGGCAAAUGGGUGACAAUGUCCUUGAUAAGUCAUCAGAAUCAGGGGGGUCAGAAGAGUUGCAUGUUCGUGAGAAAGAGCAUGAAAUUGAUAAUGUGCAUCUUGAGACAUUUAAUGAUGGAGAUAUGCUAGAAACAGACAGUAAUAAAUCUUCAUGGGAUGGGACUUACACUAAUCAGGGACAAAGUGAAUUCAUAGUAAAAGAUAGGAAAGUAAUUGAAACGAUGCAUGCCAGCAUGGAUUCUGAAAGCUUAGCUGAAGAAAUGCCUAAUGCUGAUAACACUCCAGCUAAUGCCACAAGCAUGCACACAAUUGAUGAUAAUACUGAGUUAGAUCAAUCUGAAGAUCAGGAAUCUAUUUCUCCAAAUGCGAAUGAUGAUACUCCAGGGUCACCUUCUAUUGAAGCUGUUCUUGAAACUGGCAAUGAUUUAUUGGAAGAAGAUGAUGAAGACCACACAGAUAAUGUUGAGAGUGAUUUAAUUGCAGAAGAAGUAACUUCCUCAGUCUCUGCUCCUGAACACAGCUUGGAUAUUAAUGAAACUGGAGAUAAAAUAUCUAUUGAGAGUGAAAAGGGAAACGAUUCUAUCAGAGGAGAAGUUGAAGCAUUCUCCUAUCCUACAAAGUGGACUGAUGUGGAUCAAGAAACAACAGAUAUGGUCUUUCCAGAUUUGAUGGUCAAAGACAUUAUCAAUGAUGGCUCCAGUGAAGAAGAUGUAGCUGAAAAGGAUGAACGACAGAAAGAAACAAUCUUGGAAGAAGAAAACCCAGAGUCCAAACCAGAAUGUCAUGAAGAUGAAGAGGUAAAUUCUUCAGAUAAUAUAGAUAGAAAUGGGGUUAUUAGUGGUGAAGAAGCCAAAGUAUUUUCUUAUCCUAUCAAGUGGACGGAUGAGAACCAAGAGGCAACAGAAACUAUCUUUCCAGAUUUGAUGGUCAAAGAUGUUAUCAACGAUGAUUCAGGUGAAGAAAAUUCAUCUGACAAUGAGCAAGAAAAUGUCUUAGAAACUGUUGCAAGUGAUAUCGGUCAAAGAAAUUCUGUCCUCCAGGAGCAAGAAAGCAUUCCUGAACAGGUCAUUACAAAGGGAGACCAAUAUCAUGUGGAAGAUGAUCUUGACAGUCAACAGUCUGCUUAUGAGGAAGAGUUCAGCCAGGAAGAAAAAGUGCCAAGAUCAGCUUUAGUAGAUAAAGUACUUGUUAGAAUGUUGGCUGAGGAUAUGUCCACAAAUGAAUAUGUACCUAGUGAAGAUGAAAUGAUUGAAAUUUCAGACGUGUCUGCAAUGCCAAAAGAAGAAGAAGAAAAUGUUAAUGUUCAUGAGAUUAGAGCGGGGAAUUACGUAAAUAAUGACAUUGGAGAAUUAGAUUCUCAAGCUGAGAAUUCUGACAUAUCUUCGGAGGCUCUAAGUAAAAAAGAGAUUACCAUCAGCAGUCAGGAGGGAAAUAUGGUAGAGAGUUCUCCUUCAGUAUCAGCUGGUGCCAUAUGUGAUGUCAAUCAUGUAACAGAUGAUGGUAGUGGACAAGAUACAUCACAAGACCUUGGAGAUGGAGUAAUGGAUAAUAGCAGCUCUUAUGACAUUACAGUAUCACUGAAUGAUGAUAUUGUACAAGAAGAAAGUGAUGCAGAGGACAGCACUCCAGCUAAUGACCUUGAAACUGAGACAGUAAGGACCCAAGAUCUUUCAGCAACAGAUGCUAGUAUAACAGAUGUUUCAAUAAGUGAGCAAGAGACAAAAUCAGAUGGUUCAAGUGGGCAGUCGUACCUUGUUGUAGAACCAUAUGAAAGAUUCAUCAUUUCAGACAUUGAAGAAGCUGAUGAAGAUAAUGAGGUUGGUGAUGGAUCAAAAGGUGAUCAAGCAACAGAGGGAAAGGAUUCCGAAUACGUUGUUGAAAACUGGUUUAAUGCUCGGAGUAUGUCUUCUGAGAUUGGUGAAGUACUUACUGAAGAAGAAAACAGGCAAAAAGAAGCCUAUGAAAAAUGGGGGGAACCCCUUGCUUCAGAUAUUGAUUCGGUCAUUACAGAAACACAAAUGGCACCUCUCAAAUCCGGCCUUGACAAAAUUUCUGAAGAAGUUGACGAUGUCUCAAGCACUCCGAUGGAAGUCUGCAGUACCAUUAGAAGGAUUCAAGAUGGUUUAGAACCACAAACUUUGGAGAAUCAAGAUAUUUUCCUGCAGGACAAGUACUUUGAAAAUUCAUUUGGUGAAGAUUUAUCAGAUGCAGAUAGCAAUAAGACAAAUCAAGGAGAGCUUGUCUGUGAUGACAUCAGUGAGGAGAGGGAAGGAGAAUCCAGUCAAGAUAAAACUGAAAUCAUUAAUGAAGACGAAAUUGUUCGCUCAAUUGCCAAAGAAUAUGUCAACCAAGUUGUCAUGGAUGCUGCUGUCUCAUACAGGAUGUCUUCUCAGUUCGCAAUGACUAAUAGUGAAGACAUAGAUUCUACUAAAGAAGACAGUCCAGUUGAAGAGAGAAGAGAGGAAGACACUCCAGAAGCUACAUCAUGUGCUAUCUUUGAACAAGCUGCAGAAGAAUAUAUAGAUCAUGUUGUAACUCAGGAUGAAGAAGCACUACCAAAGAUUACUGAUGAUAAUAUUGAAGGACAAGAUGGUUACACUGAAGAGGAUAUUAAGUUAAACAAUCCAGACGAAACUGCUCCAGAAGUCCUUGUUUGUCGAUAUACAGAACCAAGAGAAACUGCUAUGCCUUUCAUCAUGGAAUCGGGAGAAGAUCUUGAAGAUACAGGAGAAGAGAGCAAAUCUCACAACACAAAUGGAGACAUUAUAAAUGUUGUUCCAGUCUCAAUUUAUUCAGACAUGGAGGAUCAAUCCAAUACUUUUCAAGAAAUUGUACCAGUUGUUGAAAAUAUGCCAGUCACGGAAACAGCCUUAGCAUAUGUAAUGGAAUCUGAACAUUAUGCUUCAAGUUAUGAUGAAGAAGAUGUUGAAAGUGAUCAUGAAGAAAACACAACAGAUAGAGCAGAAAAUGGAUUUGAUGAUGACUCAUCUUCAGCAGCACAGACAGUUCCGCAAGUAAGAGUAACCCCUGCUCUUUUGACAGAAGAAAGCUCUGAUUCAGAAAUAUCUAUAGGGGAGAGCAGAGAAGUAGGUGAGGGAAAUGAACAAGUUGGUAAUGCUGCAGUAGUUGAGGAGCUGAUUGCACCAGUCACACUAUCUGAAGUGCAAACCAAUCCAACCAACUUUUACCACCUAAGUAAUGAUGAGGAUGAAUUUGAUGACUCAUAUUCUGAUCUUUUGGAUGAAUCAAAGAAACUUGAGAAUGACAUUGCAAUGAUGUCAGCUGAUGUUACUCCACAAGUUGAUAUACAUGUGUCACCAGCAUAUGACGCAGCUGUCAUUGAAGAUGAAAUAGGCUCUGAGUUCCUCCCAAACAUCAAGUUAUCAGUAAGUGACCAGACUCCAGAUUUAAACAAAGAAAUUGUGGAUUCAGAGGAAGUUGUUGUGCCGCUCAAACAAGGUGAUUUAGAAACAUUGCCAUCCAAGGGGAUUGACGAAGAAUCAAAUGUUCAUGGUUCAGAGGAUGAAAGUAUGGAUGUUGAUAAGGUAGCAAGGGAAUUAGUUAAUAAUAUCAUCAAAAAGGCAACAGAAAAUUAUGUUGAGUCUGAAGAGCCAAGCAUCAAAGAGGAUCUGGAUGAAAAUAUGGUGCAAGAAGGGACACUACCACAAGAUGGAGAAGAUGAUGUAUUUGAAGAAUAUGACAAUUUUGAUGAUGCUAGUAUUCCAUAUUACAAAGGGAAUGCUGACGCAACUUCAAUGCCAUCUUCUCGAGACUACAAGAAAACAGUAAGCCUUGAAGAAUCUCUUGUUGCUGGAAAUCUAUUAGCUGAUUCUGAUGAUGAUGGUGAAGCAAGUAAAAUUCCACGUCCUACAGAGCUUCCUCUUCUGACUGCUUCAGGGCAAGGACUCCUCACUUCCCCUUCCAAGAAGAGCCGUCUAGCUACCUCUACUCCAGCAGGAAUGUCUCCAGGUUCUAUUCUCUCUGGGGACACACCAGUUAGCCUAUUCUCACCAGAUUUUGAGAGUGUGACAAGCACUCCAGGCAGUCUGUCUGACCAAGAGGCUGAAGUAUUAGAUACAGGGAAUCGUCUCCUUCUGAUGUCACCAUUUGAUAAGAAGAGCAUCUCAGUGGAUGAGAGUGUUACCAAGAAUCUUGAAGAGGAGUGGGAUGAUAAGGAGGUCAUUCUCAAUGCAAUCAGAGCCAAACAAGAGGAGGCAGAGAGACGUAACAUGCAGUUAGAGGGUCCAACUUCCCGUCAGAUGUCUUUAGACUCCGAGGAAGCAAUGAGGAGGAUGCAAGGUGUGUCUGUAGAUGAUGAAUGGCAAGAUGAUGAAUACACUAGACAAUCACUACAAGGAAACAAGGAUGGAGCCAAGAAAUCAGAAGAAUCAGAUUCCUUCUAUAGGAGACCUGUCCCAAAGGAUGAACGUGAAGCUGGUGAUGGAGCUGAACACACUCUUUCAUCAGAUGGUGUUGUCUUACGUGAGAAGAAGCUGACUAGACCCAAUACGUUAUUGAAUAGACUGAGUGUACAGAGUGUGAACUCAGUAUUUAGUGAGGGCAGCAUUGAUUUAGAGAACAUCAGUGAUGAAGAUGAAGCUGAAGCAGAGAAGGCUCAUGGUCAAUCCCGGAAGACAGCAUCUAAUCAUGGUGACCCAUCAGGAGCUCGACCCAAGGAGAAGAGAAAGAUUAGAGCAGAACUAUCUCUUAAUCUAGAUGAUACUAUCACAACUCCACAAACUGAUGAUGGAACCGCUCCUGCUAUCCUUACUCCAACUAGUACAGAGAUGUCAUGGGAAGAUGAUACACCAAUGAAUAAAGCAGAACCAAUUGAAGAGUACACUGCCAGGGAAGAACAUGAAGAUAGAUGGAGAUGGAGAAAGGUUAACCUAGGAGGAAAAGACUAUACUAUUGAUAUGAAGGCAAUCAAUCCAUACAAGAAAGUAUUAUCUCAUGGAGGUUACUAUGGUGAAGGUCUGAAUGCCAUCAUUGUCUUUGCUUCAUGCUACCUACCUGAGAAAUCUAAGAAAGAUUAUACCUACAUCAUGAACAAUCUCUUCCUCUAUGUUGUAAGCACAUUGGAACUACUAGUGGCUCAGGAAUACAUCAUCAUCUAUUUCCAUGGUUCUGCAUCUCGUGCUAAGAUACCUUCUCUAGGAUGGAUGAGGAAGUGUUACCAGAUGAUUGAUAGAAAACUGAGGAAGAGCCUGAAGGGGUUGUAUCUGGUACAUCCAACAACAUGGCUCAAGGCUAUCGUUCAACUCACUAAACCUUUCAUCAGUCACAAGUUCAGCAACAAGCUUAAAUUUGUCAAGUCUCUGACUGAGCUGAAAUCAUUGGUUUCCAUGGAGUAUGUCUAUGUUCCUGAAGAGGUCAAAAGAUUUGACCAAAACAAGAAUAAGGGUGGCGGUACAAUAUGGGGUCAGUACCUCCUUUUUCCUCUCUCCCUCUUUGAUCCCCUAUCCCCAUCCCUUUUCUUACCCAUACUAAGCCUUUGGUCCCUUCACCCUUCCUUACCCCAUCUUGCAUCCCUGCAUGGGCCUCUCUGGCCUUCAUCAAACUUGGCCUAUGUGCUACGAACUUCUCUUAGCAUAUUGUGGUGGAUAGCCGGUCCUCCUCCCGUUGACGAUGAAGACUGGUUCUCCCUGGAAGAAGGUUAUGAUUCUGAUUACUCCAUCACAGCAGAUUUCCUUUUGUCUCCUCACAACCCACCAAACUGGCAUCGCCGACGGCAACGUAAACGUCUACUCAUCAAGGCAGGGCAUUUCAACUUCUCAUCCUCGGACGAGGAAGGUGGGAAGGAAGGAGAGACAGGUGGAAGACGUCAUCGUAGAAACUUACGCCAACAACACCAAGAGCAACAUCGUCCACCCACAUCUUCAUCGCACCAUGAGGAUGAGAGCAUCGUGUCCACACCCGGUAGUAUUGGUAUCAACCUUGGUCCCGCCAUUAGCCCUCAGGAUUACCUCACUGAAUGGUACUUCAAACGCAGAACACAAUCAUGCAGUGGAUUUAUUGAAGAUGAUACCUUUUCAUACAAUCACAUCAUUGCCACGCCCGAGGUUGAAAGACGUACAUGGAAGGAAGUGUUUGGUGAUGCAUUAGACCAUGGUAGUAUCGAGUAUGAUGGAGAAGAUGAAGAGGAAGAUGCUGAUUGUUGUGAUGGUAACUCAGCUACUGAGAGCCAUGGUCAAUUAGAAUUAAGUUCUUGAUUUACUUUCUAAUAUUUUGAAUACUAUUUUCUCCUUAUUAUUCAGUUAAAGUUGUAUACUCAUCAUUAUUCCCCUUUCAUUGGAUUUAAGAAAAUAUGUAUUAUAUUGCAUAGAAUAACUUCUUGUUAUUACUUAUUGUUUAUCUUGCUAUAAAGGAUAAGCAAAAAGAUAAUUUCUUCAUUUUUUUUUCAUGGGAUAAUGUUUCACUGUAACUUCAACUCGUUUUAUGGUACAUGUAUUUCAAAUUAACUUUACAGCAAAUAAUCCAGAGCUAUUCAAUUAUAGAAAUUACAAUUUGCUUCUUAACUGCCAAUUACUUAAAAACAAAGGUGACAAUUUUACAAAGUAAUUUCUUAUUUCAUGUCACAAAACUUGUAUACAUCGCUAGAAUUCAGUUAUUGUGAGGUGUUUAGUGCAAUAAAUCUGUCAUGAAUUGUUUAAUUAUUAAGAGUAAACUGAACAUUUUAUUGUACAAUAUACUUAUUGCUGAGAACAAAGGAGGGAUAUAUCAAUAUGUAUAUAUAUAUAUAAUGGAAGUAUAUAGUUAUAAGUGUGAAUAUUGAUCAAAAAAUAUUUUGGAUUGUAUAGGUAUGUUUAUGUGUGUCUGUGUUUUUCUGAUUUUGGCAUAAUGGUUUUAUGGAAUCAAACAUAUUUGGCAUAAUGGUUUUAUGGAAUCAAACAUAUUUAUAUGUUUAAGACCUUUAUUGUGGAAUGUUCUAUUUUUUAUUUAAUUUUUCAGUAUAGUUAUAUUUACUUGAACAUUUCAUUGAUAUGAAAUAAAGCAUAGCCAUUUUUUGGUGUCUCCAUUCUUUAAUCUACAUGAAACUAUAAUAUUCAAUUUAGCUCUGUAUUACCAUGAAAGUAAAAUUUAAAUGUGAUAUAUCAAGUCUUUAUUUCAGAUUUUAAAUUUCUUUUGUGAUUGAUAUGUCUGUGCAGAAAUGCAUUUUCUGCAAUAGAUUGUAUGAGGAAAGGCCAUUUCUUAAACACCUAUUUCCUGUGAAGUUAUAACUUUGGUUUUACAAUGACUUGUCUGUAUGGAUUAUGAGUAACUCUUUUAGGCAUCUUGACAAAAUUCACACACAAAAAAUGGGAAUGCGGGGAAGCCAUAGUGAAAGGUGCCGAUUCCUGCUCAAACAUGUGGCAGAGAAUUUUGUUAAGAUGCCUUUUAUAGAAGUUGACAAUAGCAUCAUCAGACAACAUUCUAUUAGAAUAUUCUUUUCUAUUGCUAAAUUUCAUUAUCUAUGUACACAGAAGUUUUAUGCUAUUGUUUGUUUGGACAAUUUCUAUACUAUUUGUACAUGUAUGGUGUCAUAAAUUCAUUGAAUUACUGUGAUAUUGAUUAAAUAAGGGCAGUUCCCCCCCCAAAAAAAAAUAACAAUCCAACCUGUUAUUUGAAUUUUAAGACACUUUUCAUUCUGUUACUAAUAUUAAUGCCUUUAAUCCAUUCUGCCUUACUUAAAGCCUUCUUUUUAGUCUUAUACAUUGUAACUUUCAUAAGAUAGAUUUAUUAAAUCUCGGUCCUGCAUCCGAGUUGUAUACAAUUAAUAAUAUCCCAAUAUCAUUUUUAAGAAAUGCUUAUAUCACAAUAUGUAAUGUAUUUUAGUAUUGCUAUGUGUAUAUUGCUCUGAUUUGAUAAAAUUUAUUACAUUUUUGAAAUUCCUGUGACAUCUUUUCAUUUUAUGUUAAUAUUACGUAUGCACAGUUUUAGAACUAUAAUAUUUUUGCUAGCAUCUUAUUUGAAUCUAUUUAUGUUCCUAUUUUUUUCAAUUCAGAUUUUAGUGCCUCUCCUUCCUAAUAGAAUUAUUUCCUAAAUAACUUUUGGCUGAAUAUUGAUUAUUAAAGCAUUUGCUACAUUAUAUAAUUAAGUUGAACAAAUCUUCACCAUAUCAUUGUUUUUCUCUUUUUCUUAUUGAAUGACACAUUUAGGCUAUGAUAUCAAUCCGAAUUCAAUUUAUGAAUGCCUUAUUUCGCAAAUAAAUUAUAUCCACGCCUUUCCAGAAUGAUGAAUAUUGUGAAUAGAUUAUAGUAUAAAAGCCACAUAUGUCAGGCUAUGUGAAAGAGUUUAUAUGCUUUAUAUAUUGAAAAGGAAAGUUUUGAAGAUUCAGUGAAUAUCUGUGUAGAGGACAUCUGGUGAUCAAAUUUCAAUACUGGACUAGUUUAAUAUAUUCAAUUUUUAUCAAGGUAGUGGAGAUUUUGAUUAUUUAAUAGUGCAUACUGAUUAUUAUUCAAACUCUUUAAUCCACAUUGUUUAUUGUCAUAUAAUCUAUCAAAAUUACUUUUCUAACAAGUCUUCCUCUUUGCAAUUGCUUUCAUGUGAAUUCCAAAGUGAUAUGAAUUUAAUUUAACCAUCUUGUUAUUAGUGCAUAUUUAGUUCUACGAAUCUUUUUUUUAGAUUUAAAAUCUAUUUUAUUACUUGUGGGAUUGAAUUUGUACAGAAAGUCUAAUGUAGAAAUUAUAUAAUUCUUAUUGGUACACAUUUCUAAAUUUGAAAUAUGAAGUCAUUUAAUAGGAUAAGAUAAGAAGUACAAUAGUCUGUGACUAUGGUUAUAAAUUGAAGAGAGGGAGGCCAGUACUUAAGAUGCAUUUGUAGUGUGCUGCUUUUGUUUUUUCCAUAUCUGCAAUUUUAGCUUAAAAUAUUAUUGAAAUAGUCAGUACUUGAAAUCUGCAUAUGGUUAUUGAAACUCAUGAGGUUUUCAUAGGUCUCUCUCAGAAUAUAAAAUUGAUGAUAAUCUAAUAUCAUGCACAAGUGCAAACAUAAUGGGUUGAAUUCAAAAUAAAGCAUACAGAUAUAAACAU